AUGGAAUAUUUGAACACAAGUUCAGGACUUGUGGGCUUCAUUUUAGUGGGCUUCUCGGACUGGCCUCACCUAGAACCCGUCUUCUUUGCAUUCAUUUCUAUUUUCUACUCUCUGACUCUCUUUGGCAACACUGUGAUCAUCGUUGUGUCUCGGCUGGACCUCCGCCUGCACACACCCAUGUACUUCUUCCUCUGCCACCUCUCCUUCCUGGACCUCUGCUACACUGCCAGCACCGUGCCCCAGCUCCUGGUCAAUCUCUCUGGACUUGACAGGACCAUCAGCUUUGCAAGGUGUGUGGCCCAGCUGUGCAUAGUGCUCUCACUGGGAGGAACUGAGUGUGUGCUUUUGGUGACCAUGGCUAUAGACCGCUAUGCUGCCGUGUGUCGCCCACUGCACUACACAACCAUUAUGCACCCCGUUCUCUGCAGGGCAUUGGUUGUGUUCUCCUGGGUGGGAGGCCUUGUGAACUCUCUGAUACAGACAAGCCUUGUGAUGGCCAUGCCUCUCUGUGGACACCAACUGAAUCACUUCUUCUGCGAGCUGCCCGUUCUCCUGAAGAUGGCUUGUGAGGACACAGGAGGAACAGAGGUCAAUUUGUUUGUGGCCCGGGUCAUAAUCUUAGUGUGUCCUUUACUGCUAAUUCUAGGCUCCUAUGCUCACAUUGCCAGGGCAGUGCUGAACAUCAAGUCAAUGGCUGGUCGCAGGAAGGCUUUUGGGACGUGUGCAUCUCACCUCAUUGUGGUUUCCCUGUUUUAUGGCUCAGCCAUCUCCACAUACCUCCAACCUGUCCACAGGUAUUCUGAGAAGGAGGGAAAAUUUCUUGCCCUUUUUUAUACUAUUGUCACCCCCAUGCUCAAUCCUCUGAUUUAUACACUGAGGAACAAGGAUGUGAAGGGGGCUCUGUGGAAGGUGCUAGGGAGAGGCACAAACUCAGCGUAG